ACGUAUCUCUCUAUCGAACGACCGUCGCUGCGGCGCAUCAGGCUCCAUCGGCUCGCCAUUUGUUUUAUUCAGUUCUUUUUUAGGUUUCAUUCAGUUUUUGUGUGUGCAAAUGCCAGGCGAUUGUCGAGCAACAGUGGACAUGUUGGUCCAUUUAUGUAAUUAUGCCCCUCCGCCACCUGUACAUAAUGUGAUAAUAUUUGAGCAUAUAUGAUCAUCUUGGAAAUAGGUGAAAAGUGACAUCAUUUUCUUCUUCUUUUCGAACCGGAGUCCAAUGGACUUAAAAUUGGCGUAGCUAUUUUUACCCGGAUGAAAGUGAAACCAUUUUCGCGGUGCCCAAGUUUGGCAACAUACCGUGCAAGCUUUUCAACGGCCAAAGUUAGGUGUGAAGACUUUGUUAAUGGCGGUGGCGGAGGGGCAUACUUUGGCUACCCGCUGAUGGCUUUGGCUUGCCUCACACAUUGUCUUACCUCCUUGUCGCCGCCUAUCCGUCUUGUCCAUAUUUACGCCUCCUGUGUCUCUAGCUCAGUUAUGUAUCUGUCGACUGACAACACCCUAGGCCAUGCCGUAUCUGAUUCGGCCAAGACAAUAUCAUGGAAACAUGAUUCCGAUCAUCGCACGCCAAUUUGAAAAUCAAUUUCCGGUCAUCCAAAUGGGAAGGGACCUUGUGUGUUUUUCCCCACAAACUUCUUUAUGUUUUGGGUUAGUUUUUUUGUCUACUUUGCUCAACAGACAGCAGCUCAAAUGCAGAUACUCCUACCUAGCGAGUGUUAGAGCGUGACUCCGCCAGCUGUCACCCUAUCCUCUCCCACUGGCCACUGACCCCACACCGGGUCCCACGACUGACACCCACAGUUCUACUCACGCGGUCCCACCGCACUCCUUCCUUCCUCGGCACGAGUCCACGAGCCGUUCCACGCGCAGCCCGCUCCCACUGCGCGUGUGGGCCCACCAAGUCCACCUCAACGCUGAUCAUCUCCCGCUACGAACUGCAAAACCCCAAUCAGCAAACCCCCAAAACAGAAGAGAUCAAACCGCAGGCACGAAAUUCGAAAUUAAGCAGCAAAAUUAGUGGGAGAAGUUCCCCUAGUCUUAAUGCCUAAACCCCGCACGGCAAGCGAUAGUUGCCGCACGCGGACGGAUUCACGCGGCGCAUGCGCUUGCGCUCCUCGACAUCGCCGUCAGCGGCGCCCCCUUCCUCCGCCCACUCCACGCCCCCGUUUCAAUCCGCCUGAGUUGGAUACCGCCGUCUCUUGCUGCGUUCCGCCGGUGCCGCGCCGAGGCCUGUCCAGGGACCGAUUUGGGAGCUGGGGUUGAGGUUGUUCGGCAGGUAGGUUUGUUGAUCGGGGCCUCCCGGGAGGCCUCGGAAUCGCUGCCGGUCCGUUCGUCGUGGAGCCUCGUUCGGAUUUGGUGAGUGAGGUCGUGGUGCCUGCCGGCGUCAUGGGCGGCGGCGGCGGCGAAGCUUCGAAAUCGCGGAAGCUUGCCGGCGGGCAGGCGUGCCAGAUCUGCGGCGACGGCGUGGGCACGGCGGCCGAUGGCGAGCUGUUCACCGCCUGCGACGUCUGCGGGUUCCCGGUGUGCCGGCCCUGCUACGAGUACGAGCGCAAGGACGGCACCCAGGCAUGCCCUCAGUGCAAGACCAAGUACAAGCGCCACAAGGGUAGCCCACCGAUACGUGGGGAUGAAAGUGAAGAUGUUGAUGCAGAUGAUGCUAGUGACUUGAGCUAUCCAGUAUCAGGCAACCAGGAUCGGAAGCACAAGAUCCCUGAGAGGAUGCUCACAUGGCGCAUGAACUCUGGAACUGGUGAUGAUGUUGGCCGUGCUAAGUAUGACAGCGGUGAGAUUGGGCUUCCCAAGUAUGAUAGUGGAGAAAUCCCCCAUGUAUACAUCCCAUCGUUCACUCAUAGCCAGAUAUCAGGAGAAAUGCCUGGAGCCUCUCCUGAUCAUAUGAUGUCUCCUGCUGGAAAUAUUGGCAAGCGUGGACAUCCAUUUCCCUAUGUGAAUCAUUCUUCAAAUCCAUCAAGGGAGUUCUCUGGUAGCCUUGGCAAUGUUGCAUGGAAAGAAAGAGUUGAUGGCUGGAAAAUGAAAGACAAGGGUGCAAUUCCCAUGACCAAUGGAACAAGCAUUGCUCCUUCUGAAGGCCGUGGAAGUGGUGAUAUCGAUGCAAGUACUGACUAUAACAUGGAAGAUGCCUUGCUGAAUGAUGAAACUCGUCAGCCGCUAUCUAGAAAAGUGCCGAUUUCUUCGUCAAGAAUAAAUCCCUACAGAAUGGUCAUUGUGCUACGUUUGAUAGUCUUAUGCAUCUUCCUGCACUACCGUAUCACCAAUCCUGUGCGUAAUGCAUAUCCACUUUGGCUGCUGUCUGUCAUAUGAGAUUUGGUUUGCUUUUUCCUGGAUUUUGGAUCAGUUCCCGAAGUGGUCUCCAAUCAAUCGGAAACUUACCUUGACAGGCUGGCUUUAAGGUAUGACCGGGAAGGUGAACUGUCUCAGCUGGCUGCUGUUGACAUUUUUGUCAGUACCGUGGAUCCUAUGAAGGAGCCUCCUCUCGUCACUGCAAAUACUGUUCUUUCCAUCCUUGCUGUGGAUUACCCUGUUGACAAGGUAUCUUGCUAUGUAUCUGAUGAUGGAGCUGCCAUGCUGACAUUUGAUGCACUCGCUGAGACUUCAGAGUUUGCUAGAAAGUGGGUACCGUUUUGUAAAAAGUAUAAUAUAGAACCCAGAGCCCCAGAGUGGUAUUUCGCUCAGAAAAUUGAUUACUUGAAAGACAAAGUUCAAACUUCAUUUGUUAAAGAUCGUCGGGCCAUGAAGAGAGAAUAUGAAGAGUUCAAAGUUCGAGUUAAUGGCCUUGUAGCCAAGGCUGAGAAAGUUCCCGAGGAAGGAUGGAUCAUGCAAGAUGGCACACCUUGGCCUGGGAACAAUACUAGGGACCAUCCUGGAAUGAUUCAGGUUUUCCUUGGUCAUAGUGGAGGCCUUGAUAGUGACGGCAAUGAGCUUCCUCGUCUGGUUUACGUGUCUCGUGAGAAACGUCCUGGAUUCCAACACCACAAGAAAGCUGGCGCCAUGAAUGCACUUGUUCGUGUGUCAGCUGUUCUUACUAAUGGGCAGUACUUGUUGAAUCUUGAUUGUGAUCACUACAUCAACAAUAGCAAGGCUCUAAGGGAGGCUAUGUGCUUUCUUAUGGACCCUAAUCUAGGAAGAAAUGUCUGUUAUGUCCAAUUCCCUCAGAGGUUUGAUGGUAUUGAUACGAAUGAUAGAUAUGCAAACAGGAACACUGUGUUUUUUGAUAUAAACUUGAGAGGUCUGGAUGGCAUUCAAGGACCAGUUUAUGUGGGAACUGGGUGUGUGUUCAACAGAACAGCGUUAUAUGGUUAUGAACCCCCAAUUAAGAAUAAGAAGCCUGGUUUUUUCUCUUCACUUUGUGGGGAAAGGAAGAAGACUUCAAAAUCGAAGAGCUCAGAAAAUAAGAAGUCACACAAGCAUGUUGACAGUUCUGUGCCUGUGUUUAAUCUUGAAGAUAUAGAGGAGGGGGUUGAAGGUUCUGGAUUUGAUGACGAGAAAUCACUUCUUAUGUCUCAAAUGAGCCUGGAGAAGAGAUUUGGCCAGUCCAGUGUUUUUGUGGCCUCCACUCUGAUGGAAUAUGGUGGUGUUCCGCAAUCUGCAACUCCAGAGUCUCUUUUGAAAGAAGCAAUCCAUGUUAUCAGCUGUGGUUAUGAGGACAAAAGUGAUUGGGGAAAUGAGAUUGGUUGGAUCUAUGGUUCUGUUACAGAAGAUAUUCUCACUGGGUUCAAGAUGCAUGCACGAGGCUGGCGGUCAAUCUACUGCAUGCCUAAGCUACCAGCUUUUAAGGGGUCUGCUCCUAUUAAUCUUUCGGAUCGUCUGAACCAAGUGCUUCGGUGGGCUCUGGGUUCUGUGGAAAUUCUUUUUAGUAGGCAUUGUCCCAUAUGGUAUGGCUAUGGCGGACGGCUUAAGUUUCUGGAGAGAUUUGCUUACAUCAACACCACUAUUUAUCCGCUGACAUCAAUCCCACUCCUCAUAUACUGCAUUUUACCAGCUGUUUGUCUUCUCACGGGGAGGUUCAUCAUCCCACAGAUUAGCAACAUUGCGAGUAUUUGGUUUAUCUCUCUCUUUAUUUCAAUCUUUGCCACCGGUAUCCUCGAGAUGAGGUGGAGUGGUGUUGGCAUUGAUGAGUGGUGGAGGAACGAACAGUUCUGGGUCAUUGGAGGUAUUUCUGCACAUCUGUUCGCUGUCUUCCAGGGUCUCCUGAAGGUACUUGCUGGUAUCGACACCAGCUUCACUGUGACUUCGAAGGCAUCUGAUGAAGAUAAUGAUUUUGCUGAGCUCUACAUGUUCAAGUGGACAACUCUUCUGAUACCGCCAACUACUAUUUUGAUAAUCAACCUGGUCGGUGUUGUUGCUGGCAUCUCUUACGCAAUCAACAGCGGUUACCAGUCAUGGGGGCCGCUCUUCGGGAAGCUCUUCUUCGCCUUCUGGGUGAUUAUCCACUUGUACCCAUUUCUAAAGGGGCUCAUGGGCAGGCAAAACCGCACGCCGACCAUCGUUAUCGUCUGGGCCAUCCUCCUUGCAUCCAUCUUCUCUUUGUUGUGGGUUCGCAUUGAUCCGUUCACCACAAGAGUCACUGGCCCAGAUAUCCAAAUGUGUGGUAUCAACUGCUAGCACUAGAAGAGUGGAUGAUAUUAGGAACAGAAUAACCACCCAUUCUGUUGUAUGAUAUUAUUGGGUGACUCAAUUUGUAGUUUACCUGAAGAUCUUGGUUGUCAGAAGGUUAUACUUCUGUAUCGAAUUAACAGAUGAUCUAUUUGUAGACAUAGUAUUAAUAUGUAGCAGUACUUCCGUAUCAAAUUAACGCUGCUAUUAGUACUAAUGUGUCGUACCUUGGUAUUCGUCUGUUGGCAAGUGAAUUGAUGUAGUACAUUCCCUUGAGCAUCAUUUACCAGACUGACCUGGUCCAUCUAGCA